AUGUUACGACGAGUCGCCAUUGCUGCAAAAGCGGCCGCCAGCGGUGCUGGACACGGUGAGCUAAGCGUAGCCAUAUCAGAAGAAAAGAAAGUUUACGAAACAAUCAUGAAGCUCAUCGCCGCUCAUACGGACGCGGCCAUUUAUUCGUACAAAUGGGCGAGCUGUGAGAUGAACAAAACGAUUCAGGACGUGUUCCUCAAGAUGUGCGGAUUGACGUCCGUCUGGGCUGAAGUUCAGAACGAGUUUGCGCAGAAGUACAACGAGUAUAGAGAAUGUUUGAAAGAGAUACUACAGGAGGAAAAAAGCAUCGACGACGUGAGGAAACAAGAGAACAUUUGUGCGUCGAGAUUGACCAAGUUGACGAAGCAGGUUGAAGUUGCAAAACGGAAAAGUGAUCCGGCAAAGCUGGAGCCUCUUUUGGCAGAGCUGAAACAGGCUACUGAUGCUAACGACAAAGCGUACAAAGAAGUUGAAAAGAUAACAGAUUAUGUGGAAGCUUUCAAAGCACGAAGACUGCGUGAGUCUCUGGUGUUGAUGUCUCAAGCUUAUCUUACUCUAGCAAAUAGGAUGACGGAGAUAUUUUCGGCUCAAAUGCAGAUGGCUCAAUUAAUCACAUCAGACACGGUUUCAGAUUUAAACACUGUGUCGUGUGGUUCUAGUUAUGAAGCUUGCUCUGAGAAAAGUCGCAGCAUCCUUAAGGAAGCAUGCCUAAACCUUGGCUAUCCAGUUCCACAUCUUCCUGGUGACCAGAAUGCUUCUCUGAAACCUUACUCAGAUGAAAGUUGUUUUCCUGACACACGUUACUGUCCUCCUUUCACUUCACCGUCUAAACGUGGUCCAUUACCACUCCCAUCUCAACUCCAUAGUGACAAUACGCCAGGUGAAGCUAGAAGUACCAGCCCAGACUAUAGUGCUGGUUAUUUGACAAUUGAGAAGCCGCCUGCGGUUCCACCUCGUCCCGUGAUCAGCGAUACUGAUAGUGAGCCAGAAUAUGCCGAAAUAAGAAACGCUCAAGUUGCACAUGCAUAUGGCAUUGAGUCAGGUGAUGUUGACAAAGACGUAUCGAAGUCGGUGAAAGACGAUGGAAAAGAGGGAACAAACGAGAAGCCUUCAAAAGUCCAGCGCAUAAGAAAUAUGUAUGAGUGGGUGUGGCAGAGACAGUCAAUUAUCUUAUCCCCUGGUGACAGUAGAGAGUACAUUGAAGUGUCCAGUGACCUCCCAAGGAGACAAGCUGUUGGUUCAAGGAGUAAUGACAGCAAGACUUUGGAAGUGGUGGGGGAAGAGUCGUCUGAGGAGAACUUGGACGAAUACCUUGUGCUUGUAGAAUCGGUCAAAGAGAAGAGAGUCGAGUCGAAUGUCAAGCAGAGAAAGCCACAAGCUGCUAGAGUGGUUUCUGAUGCUGGCGCAAGUCGCUCUAACAACCCAAUCAUUUUGGAUGGGAAUUUACAUCCAAUGCUAAGAAAAACUACGUCUUUGCAGACACCAUUUAAGCGAUCACCAAACAUUCGAAAACCCAGAAAGAGCACAAGUGCUUCUGACGUAUUUCAGGAGCCAUCUUGAUCAAGCAAGAGUAAUGGCAAUGAGGGUAUUUCUGGUCAUUAGCUAGUUUAGUUAAGACGUCAUCUGACAGUGAUGAAGCUGCAACAAGCUAACAGAACGAGUGACAGUAGUGUAGUGUCAUGACCGCUGUGUAAUAGACCAUAGAUCGAUGCUCGACCAUUAUUAGUGUCACAUAUGC